AUGUCCGUUACAGAAGUUGUUCUCGGGAUAAUUUUCUCUAUCCUUGUCGUCGUAAACCUGAUUGGAAACACUUUGGUUUGCCUUGUUGUGUUCCGGAACAAAUCCUUGAGAGUGCCAAUGAACUACCUUUUGGUAAAUCUUGCUGUUGCUGACAUGUCUUUUGCCGUUUUUGUAUCCCCACAGUAUAUUUUCCGUCCAUUUUUUCAUCAUCCCGAGCCUCCGGUCGGUGACUUUCUUUGCAAGGUAGCUACUGGUGGGAGCUUGAGUUGGGUGGGAACAGCGGCUUCCGUCUUCACGUUGGUGCUAAUUGCCUCCGACCGCUACUACUCAGUUGUGUUUCCAUACGGAAAAAAAGGUCGUAUGACGCCUCUGAGAGUAAAACUUGGAAUUGUAACCAGUUGGCUGAUUGCUGUGAUAUCUGAGAUCCCUGCGAUACUAGUGAUGAAGUACGACACAGACCGAAAAAUCUGUCUUGAAGAUUGGCCCAAUAUUGGCUUUGCCAGAGCAUACACCUUAGCGACUCUGUUCUUCGACUUCAUACUGCCGUUUACUUUCAUGGCUUCCGUGUACAGCAAAGUGAUUUAUCGCUUGUGGCGUGGCAGCAACCACGCUGGAACUCAUUUAGCAUUGCUUAAACGAAGGAAAAAAGUCACCAAGCUCUUACUAAUUAUCACAGCUUUACACGGAGUGUGUUUGUUUCCUGACACUGUCACUUAUGUCCUCUCGUACUUUGGCUUCCAAUAUGCCUCCAUCGCUUACAAGGUCGGCACUGUUUUGGUUUGCGUGAACUCUACAGUGAACCCAUUUUUGUACAGUCUUCAGAGUGAACGCUUCAGAAGGUCCUUGAGGCAGCUACUGCAAUGUUGCGAAAAA